AUGGAUUGUAUCUGGAGAAUUCUAGACAAGUUCAUUGACGAAAAGAAAGCUGCGGAAAAACUGAAGCUCUUGGACCGGAAGCAAAUCAAUGAACCGAUUCCAAUUGAUAACAUUGGGAUCUGGUCCUACGUAACCAUUGGAUGGCUUUCUCCGCUUAUAAUGAAGCUCUUCAGAGACCGAAACAGAGAAAUAAGAGAGGACGAUGUAUGGAGAUGUUCAGAAAUGGAGGCAUGUGACAUCAAUACAGAAAGAAGUUUUCCUUUUCCUCUAGGAACAAGAUUUCGAUCUGGAAUACUAGGAAUAACAUACAAGAAACUCCUAAAACUCAAGAAUGUUAACGGAAAGACUGCUUCGGAAGUCAUUACAAUAUUCGGAUCGGACGCCUUAAGAGUGCUGCUCAACACAGAGAUGUUCGUCUACAUUUUAUCCGUUCCCAUCUACAUGAUAAUCGGAACAACCUACCUUUACCAUCUUAUUGGGAUUUGGUGUUUUACAGCAUUUGUAUCAUUUCUUGUGAUGUAUGCCUUACAGGCCUGUCUAAUUGAAGUUAUUGCUUGUCUCAGACGACGGACAUUAGGUUGGACGGAUUUGAGGAUACAAAAGACAUAUGAAGUUCUUGCUAACAUGAAGUUGAUAAAAAUGUAUGCUUGGGAGGAACCGUUUCACAAUUCUAUAAAAGAUAUACGAGAGACGGAAAGUAAGCCACUAAUGAAAUCUUCGAUAUUACAUAGCAUUACCGGUGCUGUUAUUCCGCUCACACCAUCACUUGCCACGGUAGUAACUAUAGCCUCCUAUGUCUACGCAGGGAACGGACUGACAGCAUCAACGGGCUUUUCAAUUGUUGCUACCCUUACUUUCAUGCGGAAUAUAGUAUCCUUUGUUCCAUACGCUUCUCGAAUAUUUGGAGAAACACUGAUCAGUUUUGAAAGAAUAAAGCGUUUUAUGUUGGAAGAAGAAUUCAACCCACCAAGGCGAGAUGUCUUAGAAUCGAACAAUGCUGUUGAGCUCCGUGAUACGGUAUUUAUGUGGGGAAAUGAUAACAACAAUGACCCCAAUAUAAACAACGAUCACCGAAUGUCAGAACAGAACAUCAAAGAUAUCAAUGGACGCGAAACGAUGACGACGUCGCUAGUGCUACGUAACAUCAACCUAACACUCGCCAGGGGGAAGCAUAUAGGAAUUUGUGGUACGGUCGGCUGUGGGAAGUCCUCUUUGUUACAAGCAAUGAUAGGACGGAUGCCCCUGAUCACAGGUCACCUUGCUGUCGGUGGUACAGUUGCAUAUGCGGCACAACAAGCCUGGAUAUUUAACGCCACGCUGAGGGAAAACAUCUUAUUUGGAAGAGCCUAUCAACAGGAAUGGUACACAACUGUUUUACAAGCCUGUUGUUUGUCUCCAGAUAUCAGUAUAUUGCCAAAUGGUGACAUGACUGAGAUUGGUGACCGAGGACUAAACCUAAGUGGUGGUCAAAAACAGCGCGUGAGCCUGGCACGUGCUGUGUACAGUAAAAGAGAUAUCUAUAUCCUAGACGAUCCUUUUUCGGCCGUUGAUGUCCACGUCGGACAGCAUUUGUUCCACAGAUGCAUCAACGACGUUUUGAAGAAUAAAACAGUUGUUUUAGUGACUCACCAGCUCCAGUAUUUAAAACACUGUGACGAAAUUUACGUUAUGGAUGAAGGUGAAAUAGCUGAACAUGGAACCCAUGAUUCGUUGUUGUAUCGGUCUGGACAUUACAAAAAGUUGUUGGAACAGUUCAAUAUGACCCAUACAAAUAGUACAGAUGAUAAAACUCAAGCAGAAGAUGACAUGGAUUCGAAAUUAAGAACAGGGAACGCCAAUCGGCAACAGUAUUCCGGAACAGACAACUCUGAGGUCAACAACGGAAAAGGUUACAAUUCUGUGCCAAUUGUCACUAUUUCUGGACAAAUGGAAAUUCCCCCCGAAUCUAAUGAAACGAGAUUUUCUGUUGAUGAGAAUGCCACCACCUUCUCAUUACCGACAAUUAUUAAUUCUACACGGGUAAGAGAAGAUAAAUCAGACUACACAGACUGGUAUUUGACUGUUUAUAUCUAUGCAGCUGCAGGAGUGACUGGAAUGGCUGUAUUGAAAGGAAUUGUCAUUGGAAUGGUGGUAAUAAAUGCAUCUGUGAAUCUUCACAACAAAGCCAUUAAGAGAGUGAUGGGUACUCCAAUGCGGUACUUUGACGCGAAUCCACCAGGUAGAAUCCUGAACAGAUUCUCGCGAGACAUUGAGGAAGCUGAUGUGUUUAUACCAUAUAUGAUGGAUCAUCUCCUUCAGAUAACAAUCAUCGUUAUUACCUCCCUUGCCACCAUUGCCUAUAAUUUCCCUUGGAUUCUCUUACCGAUUAUUCCAGUUGUUUUUUGCGUUUACAUCAUACAGACCAUAUCAUCUGUGGCAAUCCGAAAUUUCAAGCGUCUGGAAAAUGUGGUUAGGUCACCUCUCCUAAGCCAUGUGACCACAUCAUGCAUUGGACUUAGUACCAUUGUUGCUUACUCCGAAGAAAACGACUUCAUUAAUGGGUGUAAGCAAUACUCGGACAGGACUACAGUUGGGAUAUUUCUGUAUGAAACCUGCCUUAAGUGGAUAGGCCAGCAGAUGAACAUGUGCGGUUUGGUUUUGUCACUUACAACAACCAUUGUUGUUUUGUUCACUAAGGACGCCAUAUCGCCAGCUUUUGCAGCUAUGUCCCUAACGAUGGCUAUCAAUGUAGCAUCUUUGACACAGUUCUUAUCUCAUGCUCUAAAUGACGUGGACGCCAGGUUUACAUCGAUAGAAAGAAUCCACGAGUACGAGAACCUUGAAAUCGAAAAGGAAACCGGAAAUUUACAAGUAGAUAAAACAUGGCCAAGUCAGGGACGAAUCACAUUUUCAAAUGUGGAGAUGAAAUAUCGCGAGGACAUGGAUCCCACUCUUAAAAAUAUCAGCUUCGAUAUUAUUCCCAAACAAAAGGUCGGCAUUGUUGGCCGGACAGGAGCGGGAAAGUCGUCAUUGACAGCUGCGCUGUUUAGACUGACUGAUCUAUCGGGAGGUCACGUGUUCAUCGAUGACGUAGAAAUUUGCUCUUUAUCUCGGAAAUUGCUGCGUUCAAAUUUAUCAUCAAUUCCACAAGACCCCGUCCUAUUUGCCGGUACAAUAAGAUAUAACCUUGACCCCUUCGACAAAUAUACGGACGAUCAGGUAUGGGCAGCUCUGGAACAAGUCCAUAUGAAGGAAAAGAUGAACCUCCUUGAGCAGACUCUUGACUUCUAUGUUGAGGAAAGUGGAGAAAACUUUUCAGUCGGUGAACGACAACUAAUAUGUUUGGCACGUGCAAUUCUACGUCAAAAUAAGAUUCUGGUCCUGGACGAAGCCACAGCGUCCAUCGACACGUCAACAGAUGCCAUGAUUCAAAAGACCAUCCGGGAUAGUUUCUCCGACUGUACUGUCCUAACAAUCGCUCACAGACUCAACACCGUCUUACACUGUGACGUCAUACUCGUCAUGGACGCUGGACGAGUGAUAGAAAUAGGCAGCCCACAGACUUUACUAAAGAGUCCAUCUUCUCAUUUCAAUUACAUGAUACGCUCUCAAACCGCGCUUCCGACAGACGCUUGA